GCAAUAACGCCGCGUGGCCCGUGGGUAUCAAACAGCGCCAACGAGUAACGAGCGUUGCGCUGAGUUGCCUAAGCGCACACGAUUAUUUUAUAUACCUAUUUACCUAAUCAAAUCAGAUCUAUAGGUAUAAUAGUUGAUACGCAAGUGUGCGAGGUUAUAUGUGUGCAGACAUGACCAUACAAAUACAACACAACGACGCGUGAAUAUACGAAACGUGUAUAGGUAGUGUUGCCGCUUAUAGCAGUAGGCAGUAGCGCAGUAGUGGACUUGAAGUUCUACUGCCAAACACGCGCUCGACAAGGUUAACCAACAGUCGACACUCAGCAGGGCCACUGUCGCUCUCUUUAUCGAAAAACUCAGUCGUACAGUGCAAGUAAUAAUCCGAGAUAUCAAACCUAUAUCCUUGCAUAAUGUCAUCGUGCACGAGAAACGGUACGGAUCCCGUUACCAGCGAGGUUUGCAAAAAACCUAGGACCGGCGCUCACCUGGACUUGAGCCAGGCCAAGGUCGUCGUAGUACUCGGAGCACAGUGGGGUGAUGAGGGCAAGGGCAAAGUCGUUGAUAUGCUCGCCACCGAGGUCGACGUCGUCUGCAGGUGUCAAGGAGGAAGCAACGCCGGUCAUACUGUAGUUGUAGAAGGUUCUGAAUAUCACUUCCAUCUUCUACCUAGUGGAAUAAUUAAUCCCAAUUGUACAUCCGUUAUAGGAAACGGAGUAGUGAUUCAUCUACCGGGAUUAUUUGACGAAUUAGCAGAAAAUGAAGCUCAAGGAUUAAAAGAUUGGCAAAAUCGUUUGAUUAUAUCCGAUCGGGCUCACAUAGUCUUCGAUUUCCAUCAGCAAGUCGAUCAGCUGCAGGAAUUAGAAAAGGGCAAACGCUCGCUGGGAACAACGAAGAAGGGUAUUGGUCCAGCCUACGCUAGCAAAGCUGCUCGCACAGGAAUACGCAUUGGCGAUCUAGUAGGCGACUGGGAUACCUUCGCCGAAAAGUUUACUACACUUGUUACGUCCCACCAAAAGAUUUUCCCUGCUCUUGUGGUUGACAUCAAAGCUGAACUUGAUCGCUACAAAGGAUAUGCAGAACGCAUCAGACCGCUAGUUCGAGAAACUGUUCACUACUUGUAUAAAGCUAUCAAAGAAGGUAAAAAAGUUCUCGUUGAAGGUGCUAAUGCAGCAUUGCUGGACAUCGAUUUUGGAACGUAUCCUUACGUUACGAGCUCAAAUUGUAGUAUCGGUGGCGUAUGCACUGGCCUUGGAUUGCCACCCCACGUUAUCGGUCAAAUCGUUGCCGUUGUCAAAGCUUACACUACACGCGUUGGCGAUGGACCGUUCCCCACGGAACUGCUCGAUGCUACGGGUGAAAUGCUCCAAAAACGAGGUUUCGAGUUUGGUGUAACUACUAAACGAAAAAGACGUUGCGGUUGGCUCGACUUGGCUCUGCUUAAAUACACCGCUAUUGUUAAUGGCUAUACCGCCAUUUGUUUGACUAAACUCGAUAUAUUGGACACUCUCCCAGUUAUCAAAGUUUGCACUGGCUAUCGUUUAAAUGGAAAAGAGAUUGAUUAUUUCCCAAGUAGUACAACGGAUUUAGCCAAAGUUGAACCAAUUUACAAAGAAUUUGAAGGCUGGCAAACCAGCACCGAGGGCGUACGGUCGUUUGACAAGCUGCCUGUCACUGCUCAAAAAUAUGUACAAAUUUUGAAAGAGCACUUGGAUAUACCUGUUAAAUGGGUUGGUGUAGGUGCUGGUCGCGAGAGUAUCAUCCCAGUCUGACAUUCUUUGCUUGAAAGUUUAUGAUGUUUGCAUCAGUUUUAAUGUAUUACUAAAUUUAAUUGUUACUAUAUUGUUCACAAUACAAAGCUGAAACGCACAUCUAGCGAAGAAUUUUUAAAGUUACUCGUAAGUGUAGAGCAAUAAUUGAAGUUAGUCUUGUAUUUAAGAAUUGAAUAGCAACUUUAUACAUACUUUUGAGCUCCCAACUCCAGCUGUACAGGGCAAGAAUUGAAGAAUAAAGUAUUCUUAUAUUACAAUAA